AUGUUAAUAUUCGAGAUCAAGUCUGGAGAGCAUAUAUGCAAAAAGGGGCUUUCGUUUCGAGGUCAUGAUGAAUCUGAGAAUUCAGAGAAUCCAGGUAACUUUUUAAUCCUAUUACAGUUUCUGAUUGAUCAUAAUGAUAAGAUUAAGACAGUUACAAUGAAUAAAGCUCCUCUAAAUUGCAAAUUAACAUCACCCGAUGUUCAGAAGGAUAUUGUAAGUGCUUGUGUUGUUAAAACGAUUAAUGUUAUUAUCAAAGACAUUGGGGAUUCAUUUUUCUCUAUUAUAGUUGAUGAAUCUCGUGAUGUGUCAACAAAUGAGCAAAUUUCAAUUGUUUUACGUUAUGUGAACAAUAGUGGACAACUUCAACUAGCUCUUGUAGCUGUGGCAAAGAAGAAUACUCCAAUUUCUAACUUUUUUCGUUUGGUUACUAACAUGGUCAAUAUUGUUAGAUCAUCUUCUAAACAUUGUGAUCAUUUUCGAGAGAAACAAGCAAAUAUUGUUGCAAAAGCAUUAGAGAAUGGUGAGAUUUUAAGUGGAAUAGGACUUAAGCAAGAAACUGCCCUUCAGCAUUCUGGUGAUACGCAUUGGGGUUCACAUUAUAAUUCUUUGAUCAACUUGCUUGCCAUGUUCUUAGAUGUUACUGAUGUACUUGAAAUAAUUACUGUUAAUGGAUCAAAUUUUGAUCAAAAAUGUGAAGCAUACAAUUUGUUGGAGUCAAUACUAUCAUUUGAUUUUGCAUUUAAUCUACACUUGAUGAGAACUGUUUUGGCGAUGACAAAUGAAUUAUCAAAGGCAUUACAGAGAAAAGAUCAAGAUAUUGUAAAUGCAAUGAAAUUGGUGCACUACAUUGAUGUUCCAAACAUGGAUGAUAUGUUUAUACGUCGUGCACCUCGUGGUUGUCCACAACGUCAAGCUCCAGAAAUAACAUAUUUGCAUCAUUUUCGUGUAAAUUUAUUCUAUGCUGUCAUUGAUAUGCAACUUCAAGAGUUGAAUGAUCGUUUUUCAGAGGCAAAUACCGAGUUGCUUCUUUGUGUAGCAUGUUUAUCUCCAAAAGAUUCAUUCUCUGCUUUUGACAAGAAAGGAUUUAUUCAACUUGCUGAGUUUUAUCCAGAAGAUUUUUCAUCGGUAAAUCUCCUAACAUUUGAUGAUCAACUUGAAACUUUUAUUUUUAAUAUGCGCUCUAACAAAGAGUUUGAAGGAUUGAAAGGCCUUGGUGAUCUUGCAGAGAAGUUGGUUAUGACGAAAAAAAACAUAAUAUAUUCGUUGGUGUACAAACUUCUAACUUUGGCACUAGUUCUUCCGAUUGCUACUGCUACUGUCGAGAGAGUAUUUUCUGCAAUAAACAUUGUCAAGGAUAGAUUGCACAAUCGAAUGGGAGAUCAGUGGAUGAAUGAUAGCCUAGUUGUUUAUGUUGAGAAAGAGAUAUUUUCGAAGAUUGAUAAUGAAGUUAUUAUACAACGUUAUCAAAAUAUGAAACACCGCAAAGAACUAUUGUAA